AUGAGCCUCCCCACCGACACCACGCACGACCUCGCUAUUGACUCACGCGCUGCGGGCACGGAAAUGGAGGAGGUCGAGGAGCGGGCUUCGAAAAGACGACGAAUAUCCAGAGACGCCGACUCGACUCCUCCUGCUCCGUUUUCCGACUAUAUCGUGCUCGCUCAUGCCAGGUACACAGAUAUAACCACCGAUCCGGGGCUCCCCACUGGGUCCGAUGGCUCUUUCCUGGCAGUCAGUUUGCGGGACGUGACUCGAUGCGAACGAGGCUAUGAAAUCGGAUUCGCCGGUGGAAAAUGGGCUCGUGAAAAGCGAUUUUUGACAAAGGACUUGCCACCCGAAGAUAUGCGGAUUUUGGAAGAUGCUAGGAAGCUCGACUCGGUGGCGAGAUACAAACAUCCUGCAGCACUGCCGCUUGCUUGCGCCCAUGCCUUCCUCCGGCAGGACGGUCAGGAUAUUACACUUGGGGUCUCCAUUCUGUGGCAAGACACAGUCGCCCUGAGGGAUAAGGUAGAUCCGGCACUACUUGAAAUUCUCGCUAAGUAUAUGCCGCCGACGAGGCCCAUUUCGCCGGUGUUUGUACCGUGGGAACCCCGGCAGUUCUACGACAACGUGCAUGUCCCGGAGAAGUCUGAAGCCAAUUCUGCCGAACUCAAGAUUCCGGCUCUGGAAUCGACGUUGUUUCCCUUCCAGAGACGUGCUGUUAGAUGGCUUCUUGCACGAGAAGGCGUGGCCGAGCAAGCGGACGGGAGCUUUCAGGCCCGGCAAGGGACGCCGAGCGAUCAAUCUCUGCAUGGGUUCGAGAAGCAUAUAACUUGCUCCGGCGAAACCUGUUUUGUCAAUCACGCCCUUGGUGUUGCGUCUACAGAUCUGGCCGCUGUCAGGCAACAUUUUGUGGCACCGAAAGGCGGAGUUCUGGCGGAUGAGAUGGGCCUUGGUAAGACUCUGGAGGUCAUUGCUCUAAUGUGUUUGCACCCCAGACCAACGCAGCUCGUGGAGCCCUCCGGGUUGCUACCGUCCUCCGCAACCCUCAUCAUUACGCCUCCAUCGAUCCUCGAACAGUGGAAGAGCGAGAUCCAGGAACAUGCCCCCAGUCUACGCGUGUACCACUACCAAGGGUUGAGCAGCUUCAAGAAAUCCAGCGAAUCGUACCUCGAAAGCCUCGUUGACCAGGACGUAGUUCUGACCACGUACAACGUCAUUGCGAAAGAGGUCCACUAUGUCUCAGAGAAGCCUGACCGCAACUUGCGGAACAAAAACACGCGCGAGGAGCCGCCGAAAAGCCCGUUGACGCAGAUUUCCUGGUGGCGUGUUUGUUUGGACGAAGCGCAAAUGGUGGAAAGCGGUGUAUCUGCGGCGGCCACUGUGGCACGCCUUAUCCCGCGGGACCAUGCGUGGGCCGUCACAGGCACUCCGCUGCGGAAGGGCCACCGGGAUCUAUUUGGCUUGUUGCUGUUUCUCCGGUAUGCCCCGUGGUGUCGGUCCCCUCGUCUAUGGGAUCAUCUUGUCACGUACUAUCGACCGCUGUUACGGGACAUGCUUGGGGAAGUCGUAAUGAGGCAUUCAAAGGACUUUGUGCGGGAAGACCUACGACUACCGCCCCAGAACCGUCACACCAUCACCAUCCCUUUUACCCCUAUCGAAGAACAGCACUAUACCCAGCUAUUCCAAGACCUUUGCGAAGACCUGGACCUUGAUCGUACAGGUGCGCCUCUGACGGACGAAUGGGACCCAGAAUCACCUGCAGUGGUGGAAAAGAUGCGGACUUGGCUGACCCGUCUGCGCCAAACCUGUUUGCACCCCGAAGUCGGCGGCCGCAACAGGCGCGCAUUAGGUCGAAAGACAGACGGACCCCUGCGCACAGUCGAGGAAGUUCUGGACGUGAUGAUCGAUCAGCACGAGGGUCAAUUGCGUACGGCACAGCGUGCUCGUCUCAUGGCAAAGUUAAGGAGAGGACAACUCAAAGAAAACGCCAAGGCAGGUAAAGAGGCGCUCAAAAUUUUUCAAGAGGCCUACAACGAAUCCCUUGUCGUCGUUCGAGAAUGUCAUACACAAUAUGAUCAGGCACGUGUGUCUUUGGGUGUUAACAAGGAGCAAGGAGCCGUCAGUAAUGAGAAGGAAGUCGACGAAGAGGCAAACCUCCGCUUAUCGACUUUGAAUGCUCGAGUGCGGUCCGCUCUGGAAAUGCACCACAUUGCCUGUUUCUUCAUGGCAAAUGCAUUCUUCCAGCUCAAGUCAGUUCAUCCCCCAGAGAGUGACGAAUUCCAGCAAUUAGAGGAAAAAGAAACAGCGGCAUAUGAGAAGGCCAAGUCGAUCCGUGGCGAGUUGUUGAAGGGGGUCACCCGGCAUGUGAACAAAUUGGUGACGACGGUCAGAGCGAAUCUUGCUGGAGGCUCCACCCAAAUUCCCAUCAUGGAAGCGCCGACGGGGCUCGGCGGGAUCGAGAGCAAGAAGAUUUUUGAAAAGCUUCACUUGUUUUGUGAAGCGAUGAAUGUUCAAGCAGAACAGUUCCAUGCACUCCAGAAGACGAUGGCAGACUUUUUGGGCCAAGCACUCAUUGACGAGGACGAGGGCGUCGAACUACAAGGUGACGAGUACGAAAGCUCGACGAAGCAUCAAGACGAGAUGUACGCAUACAUGGAAGCCCUCAGAGCCUUGCUGGCCGACCGCAAUGAGGCUAUCAGUGGUCAGGAGAACAUGCUCAUCAAGCAGGAGAUGAAGCAAUUCCUGAGCGUGGCAAAAGAAGGCGAAGGCCCGGCUCCCGACGUGAUGCUUCGGCUGCUGGCGGAGCGUGAGCAAAAGCGCGUAAAGGUCAGUGAGUUUGGCAGCUUAAGAGGCAUCAUCGCCCAGCUCAGACAAAUGGUGUCGUCUCUGCAGUGGCAGGAAGGCAACAACCAGAGCCGUGCGAGUCACGAGCUAGCCAUUCUAGAGCGACUUCUGAAACACAUGCAGCAACUCGGCGCGGCACAGGUCAAGGCUCUUACCGCUCUUGAACAGGACGUCAAUCACUUCCGAGACACAAUGAACAGCCGGCUGGAGUAUUAUCGGGCGCUGCAAAAGCUAUCUGACCAGGUUGCCCCCUACCGAGAGGACUCGAUCGGACAGCUGCUUGAUGACCGACUGUAUCAGAGCUUCCUCGCCGAUGAGAUGAGGCUACAGCAGAAGAUUGAUUCCAUAUCAGCCAAACUCCGAUACCUGGUCCACAUGAAGGCAGACGACUCGAAGUCCACGGCACCCAGAGUCUGCCUGAUCUGCACCGACCAAUUUGAAGUCGGGGCCAUGACCUCUUGUGGUCAUAGUUUUUGCAAGGAGUGCGUCAUGCUUUGGUACAGCCAACACCACAACUGUCCGGUCUGUAAGACCAGGAUACCUCCAAAUGGGUUUUACGACAUCACAUACAAACCUGCCGAAAUUGCUGUGCAGGCCGAGUCUCCUUCCACCUCUACCACGUCGUCACCCGGCUCACGCGCUGAACACCAGCACAACCAAUCAAUCUAUUCCGACAUUAGCACGACAAUGUUGAACCAGAUCAAAAAUGUUGAUAUCCGAGGACCCAGCUACGGCAGCAAGAUCGACUUUCUCUGUCGCCAUCUCAUGUGGCUCCGCGAGCAUGAUCCGGGGUCGAAGUCGAUCAUCUUCUCGCAAUAUCGGGAAUUCAUCGACGUCAUUGCCCUCGCUUUCCAAGCAGUCAAGAUCUCGUGCACCCGCAUCGAUGUGAAGAAUGGCACGGAGAAGUUCAAAUCCGACCCAUCCAUCGAGUGUUUCCUGCUCCACGCGAAAGCGCACUCGACGGGGUUGAACCUGGUCAUUGCAAACCACGUCUUUCUCUGCGAGCCGCUGAUCAACACUGCGAUCGAGCUACAAGCGAUAGCCCGCGUGCACAGAAUCGGUCAACACCGCUCGACGAACGUGUGGAUGUACCUUGUCGCCGACACGGUCGAGGAGUCCAUCUACGAUAUCAGCGUGACGAGACGGUUGGCCCACAUGAGGAGUAACGGCAGCAGUGGUGGAGACAGCGAGGGCGCCGAGGACGGCGACGACAAGAAGGGUAAAGGCAAGAGUAAAUCGACCACGGCGUUGGCUUCCGCUGGGCAGUCGGGAACGAACACCCCUCGCUCGGACAAUGUGCUGCAAGAAAACGCCAUCGACGCAGCCAAUUCGAUGGAAUUACAAGCCGCCGACCUCAGCCGUCUGCUCACGGCCGGCAAGUCCGGCGGUGAGAUGGUGGACAAGGAAGACCUCUGGGGCUGCUUGUUCGGACGGAUCAACCGACGGGAUGGAGCUUCGGGCUUGAGUGCCCUGGCGGAGAGCCAGCCUGCAAAUACCGAAGUCGGGAGGUUUCUCCGGGCAGAGGCAGCGACGGGGAGGGCCACGCAGUCGGAUGACUUCAGUUGA